UGUCACUCACCCUCUAACCACAAAGCGGAAGCGGCAAUGUUUAAAAAUGAAUGAGUAAGAGAGGAAAGUCAACCUUGUCCAACUUUUCAACACUGCUGCAAUGGAUAUCACUGAAACAUAUGAUAGGAUUGUUGAUGGCUGGGAAAGGGCUGAGACCAAUAAUGGUGUCCCGUACUAUAUAAGUCACACCCUACAGAGAACAACAUGGGAUCAUCCAUACCUGUUAAAGAUAAUGGAGGAACUGGGGGAGUACAGUGCUAUCAAGUAUGCAGCUUAUCGAACAGCAUUCAAGAUUAGACAUCUUCAGAAGAGGCUCCGAUUGCACCAGAUUAGUAUAUUGACUGUGAAAGAUGUGUUUGAGCAGUAUGGCUAUGCAGAGGGUUGCAUGAAUGUAAUUGGCUGCCAGGAGAUUCAUGACCUUUUCACAGAGCUCUACAGCCGAGCUGACCACGGAGUCGUUAUAGAAAUGGAGGACGCUGAGAUCCAUGCUGAACUACUACAGAAUCUCAUGCUGAACUUGUUUGACGUAAACAGGAUCGGCCGUGUGAAAGUUACGUCCCUUAAGCUGCUGCUGAUCACUCUGUGUGCAGCCAAGUUAGCAGAGAAAUACAAAGCUUACUACCAUGAACUCCAUGACCCCAGUACGUACAUCAGCAGUAAGAGUUUCACCUGUUUUUUGGAGGAUAUGAUUCAGCUGCCAGAUCUUCUACAGGAAAGUGGACUGUUUGGCCAAGAUGUGGCACCUGCAGUAGCUAGUUGUAUUCAAAUGAGUAAUGGUGGAGUUGGGAUAUCUGACGAUAUGUUUUACAGUUGGUUGCUACGUGAACCACAGACAUUGGUUUGGCUUCCUACCUUCCAUAGGACAGCAGCAUCAGAAUCAGUUAAACAUGAAUCGAAGUGCAAUAUUUGUAAAAGCUGUCCAAUAGUGGGGUUCAGAUACAAAUGUCUGCUGUGCUUCAACUUUGACAUGUGUCAGAACUGUUUCUUUAUGGGGAGGACUAAGAAGAACCACAAGCUAAAACAUCCAAUACAAGAAUACUGCAUCAAGACAUCCUCCAAAGAGGACACAAAGGCAUUCUUUAAGACCAUGAGAAACAAGGUGAGCAAGAAACACAGACAGAAGGCCAAACAGAAGUACCUACCUCUGAUGUCGGAGAACCAGUACUGUCAAAAUAACUGGAGUGUCCGAGCAGAGCCACCCAUCCCAGAUGUACACAGGAACCUGACAGAAAAUGCACAAAGACUAGCUGACCUGGAAAUACGCAACUCUGACCAGUCCCGGUCCCCAGUGGGGCCUGUUCCCAACAUCAACAUCAGUAACUCGUCUGACAACAAGGAGAAUGUAGUGGAGGUGGAUGAUUUGAAGAGACAAAGGGAUGAGUUGGAACGAGUGAUAAAAGAAUUGGAGGAGGAGAACAGACAACUUCACCGUGAACUUAAAGAUGUCCGUGAGUCCUCUGACACAGAGAGUAACAUGUCAGGGGGAGAGAACCCAGCAAAGAAAAUAAAGUUCAAGGUCAAAUCUGUGUUGGACAAGAAUCGUAGGCACAGUAGUGGCCUUACUAUUGUAAAGGAAAAGCCACUGUCAUCGCUGGAGAACACUUACGGACUACAGACAGGCAAUGUACCAAGUCCCAGCUAUGAUGACAGCAGAAUUUCUCGCCCACUUGCAGACAGCAGGAACCUGACACAUGAGGAAACCAGUUAUCUGUAUUCCUCCCAUCGCUAUAACUCGCCCCCUGAGAGUAACACUUAUGCGCCUUCCCCUCACAGCAAUAGCUAUAACCCUUCCUCUCACAGCAACAGCUUGUCCUCUAGACAUGACAGCACCUCUCCUUCAGUCAGUCCUCAGAUAACCAGUGUUACCUCCCCCUACUCCUAUGAAUAUUCCUCACGUUUCCGCCAAGACCUGUCUCCAGGCGAGAGUCAUUUCACACCCCGGGCAUCAGAAGGAGCUCCUAGCUACAUAGACAGGCGAGAGAGAACAGGCCUUGACAGUCUGGACAACCUAGAUGUCAGCCCUUCUCACUUCACUCUUCCCUCCUUUGCCAACAGUAGAGCCUAUUUGGAGGAGGAGGAUGCUGAUCAGAUGCAGAUGGUGGACAAAAUAUUUCCCAGUAACCUUUCCUAUUCUGCCUACUCCAUGUCAAAUGCUGGAACAAUGAAUGACCAUGAGGAAAUGCUUCAAGCUGCUUCAACUAUGGGAACUGUGACGUCCGACCUGUUCAGUGAGGCUAUCAUCCCAUUUUACCAGUAUUAGCUUUACAUCCCAUUCUUAACAACAUUUGGUUAGUGCAUGUCAUUAUCUCACAGAUUUAAAAUGUUUGAAAGCUUUAGUUGUGAGUAAAGAGAGCUUUUGUCUCAUGAUCAUGUAAGUGUGCCAUAUUUAAUAUCAACAGUAUACAUUUGGACGAAUGGCCAGUUUAUUUACAGAGCCUUACAGUAAUAAUUUGUGUACCUGAUUUGUAUUAACAUGACUAUAUAUCACUUACCAGUAACUCCUUUAAAUUAACAUUUUUAUUUUCAAAUAUACUGCCAAGGUUUGUAGUUUUUUGCUAUAUUUAUUCACCAUUACUCAUAUACACUUAAGAUUUUUUUUUAAAGUCCCUUUCAGAUAAGACUUAAUUCAUUCAGUGUGUUUUGAGUCCAGUACUAAGUCCCCGUAGUCAAAGGGCGGUCAGCUAAUAUGGUGCCAUGCUUUAACAUAUUUUGUACAGCUCUGUCUGACUAUGCCAAUGUUGUUUGAAUACCUGUUAUGUAUAUUUUUGCUGAAUUAGAAUUAAAUUUCUUUUUAAAAUAUGAACACGUAUACAUGUAUAUACCAUUUAUUUACAUGUCACUUACCUAAGAAGAUUUACAUAGACUGAUGAACUUCUUUAAUGAAAUUUUUUGCUAUGAUAAUCUACUUUCUACAUCAUGACAAAUAUUGGUGUGUAAAUUUAUAUUCUUAAACCUACUUCAGAUUCUCAAGAAACCAUUUUGAAAUAUUUCGCACGAGAAUGAACAGACAACAUUUUUUGUAUUAUGUUCUCACUCAUUUUUCAUUUCAGUGUUCACUGAGAUGGUUAUAUUUUUGUAGAACAGUGUGAAUGACUGAUUUGUAUUGAUCAAUGUCAUGUUUUGGGUACUUUGAGGAACAUUUAUAUGAUGUUGAAAAUAUGUCCAUAGUCCAGUUUGUGUUCAUUACUGAAAUGCUGAAAGAUGUGUAUGCAUUAUAUGUAAAAACCGAAAUUGUGUUCGUGUGUCAGUCCUUGACACAAUGAUUGCCAUAUGCAAAAUAAAUCUCAAAUACAAACAAAUUGUACAUACAAUGUAAUUAUGAUAUAUAUAUAUGUUUAUUUAAUUUGUCAGAAAUAGAUAUAUACAUUUGUGAUAUUCUGGAUUGAAAGCAGUUUUUAAAUACCAAUUCAUAACUUCUGAAUAAUUGUAGAAUAUCUAACAUUUUCAUAUAAAAAAAAAUUGUUGUUUGUACAUUCUGUAUAUGCAUUGAAUGAUGUUUUGUGGGAUGAAUUUUUAUUGAAACAUUUCAUAACUGUUACAGGAUUUGACAUUAAUUUAGUAAACUUUAUAUUGUGAUCUGUAGGAUUUAACAAAUCUUGAAAUAUUUCCCCAUUUCUUUCUGAAUAUAUUGUCAUAGUUUUGUGGUGCUUUUUCGGGAAACUUGAAUCAUCUGGUCCAUCUGUCCAUGACAAAUUCUUCGGACAACUGCUCCUAAUCUUGUUGACAUUAAACAACACUAAACCAAACCAACUCAUACUACCACAGACCGGGCCUACCCAUGGAGAAUUUCUUUAUAACUUGGUGAUGGUUUAAUUCCCUAAACUAUAACCAUGUAACUGCUUGCUGGGUAUGAACAUGCUAUCAUGAUCUACAUAUAGCACAGGUCAUAAACACAAAGGUCAUAAACCAGGCAAUAUACAAUGUCUGUUCCAGAGUCCCCUAUUACAAUAUGCAUGACUUUAUAAUCACAAAUGUACCAGUAUAUAUAUACAUAUAUAUUAUGGGUCUAAGUAGUAAUAUAAACAGUAAUUUUCCAGAUAACACUGGUUCCUUGUGAACGUAAGUCUGCAGGAUACAAAUUACUUGAAAUGUUGAUAUGGGACAAAGAAGUAAUUCCAAUAGUGUGGACAAUGGAAGAUGUCAAAUUUUCGAGGCAAUUCGCCCCCUUCAUCAAGACACAAAUACAAUCACAUGAUAUAUAAACAGUACUAGAGAUAAUAUACAGCAAGAGUAAUAUAUAUAGUAGUUAUAAACAACCAUGAACACUUCGGCUAGCGUGAGGCCAAAGGCGGAUGCUAGCGAGACAUGUACAGAACUAUGUUCUAUGAUGGAACGCUAUGU